CUCCACUACUUUUAAGACACAUCUUUUACUCUCUUAAAAUUCUACUAUUUACAAAACUGUUCCUUCCUGUUUAUUUUUAUUUUAUUUAAGUGAUUUAGAAUUCUGAGAUUUAAUGUUAGCCGUUGAUCACAACUCACUUCAUAGGCUGUGUUUCUCUGCGGUUUGUAAUUCUGAUUUGGGUACUUAGCCAAAAUGAUGAAUAGGGUUUUUCUCACUUUUUUUUGGGUAGUAUUUGAGAAGUACUAAAUUCAACAAUGGCAGAAAAAUGAAAUUUGUUAGCAGAAAACAAAUGGGUUUUGUCAAAUUAUGAAUAUGGAUCUAAUGAGGCUUUUUUUUUUUUUUUGUAUAUAUUUUUUUUGAAAUUUUUAGGCCGGUCUUGAAUUUUUUUAUAGUAAUUUUUCUAAUUUAGUUGGAAGUUUGUCAGUGGUCUAUUUGAUUGUUAAGAAAAUGAAGGGACAGUAAACAAAAGUGAAACGAAAUGCAUGGCCUUAAUGGAUGUGUUUGGUUCCAUUUUCAGAUGUGAAAAUAGGUUUGGAGGAGAAUUUAUUUGUCUAAAGGCAAAGGGUGUAGGCUUACCUGUGAAUUGGACUAUUGGAGGAUAGGUUUUACUCCAAUCCAACAAGGAGUUUUGGGAGUGUGGCAAUUUUUGUCUUUUAACUAAGCUUGAUGAGGUAAAUGGUUAUGGUGAUUUGUUACAUAGAGGGAUGCUUUUUGGAGGAAAGUAGUGGCAUGUAAGUACGGUAUUGAUUGGGGGGGAAGGGUGUUCAAAGUUGGUCCGAGGAUGAUAUGGAGUCUGUUUAUGUUCGUUCGGGUUGGAAUUAUUUUGCUAGGUUUGUGUCUUUUUUGGCCAAUGCUCGUUUUUGGCUUGAUUGUGGUGUUGGGAUGGGGUUCUGAAGGAUGUGUUUCCCAACUCUGUUUAGCAUUGCAUAGGAUAAGGGGAUUAGUAAUGCGGACUAUUUGAGUUGGAGAGAUAGUUCCGUGGUUUGGGAUGUUGCUUUUAUGAGAUUCUUAUAUGAUUUGGAAAUUGGAAGGGAUGCUCACUUUUAUGGAACUUCCCUACUCAAUAAGAAUGAAGAGGAAUGUGGAAGAUAAGUUGUAUAAACGGCCUACUAAGAGUAGUUUAUUUGAGGUUAAGUCUUUUUAUAGAGUUCUUACUGAUGGAGGUUUCCAGACUUUUCCCUGGAAGAGUAUAUGGAGCGUCAAAAUUCCACUCAAGACUGCCUUUUUUACUUGGACUGCUGUUAUGGGUAGGGUCCUCACGAUUGAUGAUCUUUGCCAUCAUAAGGUUUGUGUGAUUGAGUGGUGUUAUUUGCGUAAGAAGGUUUGGGAGACUGUCUAUCAUUUGUUAUCCACUGUGAUUAUGCUAGUGAGCUGUGUCCCUUGUUUUCUAUCUCUACAGGGUAUAGUUUCAAUGGGUUAUGCCUCAAGGAUCAUUGAUGUGUUGGCCUGCUGGAAGGGAUGGUUCACUAGAAGGGGUUUUGGUGAUGUGUGGUGUGUGGUACCUUGGCGCCUGAUGUGGUUGAUUUGGAAGAAGUAUAACCGUAAAGGAUUUGAAGUGGAUAUGGAAGUGGAUGAUGGAAAUGGGAGAUUAGAAACUUCUGCUGCAGGGGAACAAAGUACAUGUGAUGUUGACACAAAUCAAGAACCAUAUGUGGGUAUGGAUUUUGAAUCAGAAGAAGCUGCCAGAGCAUUCUAUAAUAAGUAUGCCAAACAAGAAGGAUUUUUAACACGUGUAUUAUCAUCCCGGAAGUCUGAGCGUGAUAGGUCAAUCAUCUCCCGUGGACUUGGAUGUAGAGGGGGUUCUGUUAACCGAAAGCAAGAUGGGCAGCGAGAGGUUUGCACAGCAAUGAUUCUGUUGAAGAGAGAGAAGUCAGGGAGAUGGGUGGUUAGGAAAUUUGUGAGGGAUCACAAUCAUCCAUUGGUGGUUCAAUUGCAAAAGAGUCGUCGAAUAAUUGAUGAGAAGGACAGGAAAAUUCAGGAAUUAACUGCAGAACUGCGAGUUAAGAAGCGAUUAAGUUCAGCAUAUCGAGAACAGCUACUUAAACUAAUGAAAGAUGUUGAAGACCAUAAUGAGCACCUAAGAACAAAAGUAGAAUUAGUUUUUGACAAUUUAAGGGAGUUUGAAGCUAAAAGGAAAGAAGUUUCUGACCAUAAAUAACUUCAGCAUAUAGUGAGUCACCAACAUAGAGCUGCAUAGCUAAUUGUAUCUAUGUACUAAGCAAGCAUCUACAGGGCUCCUAUACAGAUAGUGGCAGAAUUUUUGUUGACAUAAGAGCUCACAGUGGUGUUUCUAGAUUGUUUAUUUUCAAGUAGGAAAAUGUAGCUAAUUGUAAGCCUUUGUAGUUAUGCAUAGGCGUAUUUGUAAAGAGACCUAUACAGCGGCAAAUUUCGUCAAUCUUGUUAACAUGUAGAAGUGGAAUUGAUCAUUAGAAUAAUAUACAUGUAUAAAUGUUUGGUGAUAGAAAUGAAAGACCCUGACAGGAUAUGGUAGUCGUGGUUGGAAAAGAAUAUAUCUCUUUUGACUUUGCUGCUUUUAUGGUUAAA